UUAAGCGUUACCAGUGACAUAACUUAAUAAGAGGUGUAUAGUAUCUAAACAAUAGACAUGACAGACAUUUUAACGCUUGUGUUUAAGACGUUUAAGUCACAAACGGAUCUAAAGAUGGACCUCACAGUCAGUCCUCCGCCUCCGACAACCUGCGGCGCCCUGGUGGUCGGAGACCACAGCGUCAGCCGGUCCGUGCUGCUGCUGGCGGCCGUGACGGCAGCCUCACAGAUGGGGAUGAGAGUGAUGUUCUUCACCCAAACACAAAUUCAAAGUCUCCCAGCGUCUCUGCAGAAAUGUGUCCCGAGCCUGAGCCCGGAGAGUCUAAAGAAAAUCAAGUUUUCCUAUCCCAGGACAGUGGAGGAGCUCCUCCUGCAGAUUGCCAGCCUUCACGAGUCCACCAACACGUCUCCCACGCCACCCUCACUGAUCAUAGUCGACAGGUUGGAGAGCUUCCUGUCUGAUUCUACAGGUGGUAGCCACAGUGGAUUUCACCCAGGAGAGCAGUCGUGUGCCGCCCACCUGUCUGCGCUGCUGUGUGACACUGCUGCCUUUCUCACUCAAGUCCUGGAGCAGCGUUCCUCGAUCUCGGGCCCCUGCCGUGUCAUCGCCUCUUUCCAGUCUGAAGUAGACCCCGGACAAGCUGGCGGGGAGCCCUCUGCCACAGAUCCCAUCCUUGAUAUCCUUGAUCGCUAUUUCCAGGUACGCUGCACUCUGGACCAAGACAGAGGAUAUGAAGCUGCGGCAGCUGGACUACAGCAGCUGUGGCACAUUUAUCUUUCUGGGAGAGGCAUCACAGAGGCCUCUUCUGCCAAAGACGGGGAGGAAAGGCUAGAUGUAGCCCAGGAGUGGCAGUUGCUGAUUUUUCCUGAUGGUUUAAUGGAGUUUAAGUUGGUUUGAAAAUGUCUGUAUCAAAGACUUAAACAGUGGGCAUUGAUAAAAGCCAAUCUGUUGACUUGGAGAGGAGUAGUGUUUAUUUUCAGCACCACUUGGCUUGAAAUUUCGGCGCUUGGGAGUUUUCAGUGAUGAUGAGAUGUACUACAGUAUAACAGGCCAUGGUCACUAUUACACUCCAUCUUCCAAGUAAAUCAUAUCUUCUUUUAUGCGUUUCCAGUCAUUUAAUACAGCACUUGUCUUUGCUUUGACUGCCGUUCCUUCUUGAAUACAUUGUCAUGUAAUCUGCUGUUCAACCUCUUUGAUAUUAUUUAACCCACACCACAAUAUUUGUAGAUGUAAAACAUUUAAUGAGUUUAGAUGACAUAAAGGUUUGUCAGACAUAUUAAUCAAAUCUUACACAAUGAAAAAAUGUAUAUACAAUACUGGAGAAUUUAGCAUGUGUGAGACACUGAACUUACGCGGCUGAUAUCACAGUGAAAGUAUUUUACACAUCAGAAGAAAUAUAGAAAAUACUUAUUUUGAAAAAAAAAACAAG